AUGACUCAUCCACGCCAACCCAGUACCUUUCAUCACGAAUCAUGGUCUACACCAUGGCGGUCGUCGUCAUCCGAAUUUCCGCCCGAAGAGACUUACGGCCAGCGAACAGCCCGACAAGGAGAAAAGCCAGAGUGGAAUUCCGCCCCGGGGUUUCUAAAGUCUCAAUGUCUUCGUGAGAUAUAUGGCUGGCCAUGGGGCUGGGCCAUCUAUCGUACAACUUAUGCUACCACAUCCGAUGAGGACUGGGCACGAGCCAUUGAAAAGCUCGACCAGGCCUGUCUGGCUGGCCUGACAGAUAAAGAGGGUGAAUGA